GGGAUAUCUGUAAACGGCUUGUGGCUGCCUGUGCCGUUAAGAGGAUUAUAAACUGUCAAUGUCCGUCUUGUUUGCUGCCGUCUUGUCAGUACAGUGCCCCUGUUGAAUCCGCUGUCUCCUUCUCCUGUAGCUGAAACGGAAAACCCGAGGAUAGGGGGGGGGGCAGAAGGAGCCGUGAAUAUGAGCACCGGAGCGGGCAUCGACUACAGCGCCUGGGACCACAUCUAUGUGUCGGACGAUGAAGACGUUACCAGUCCGUUCGUGGACACACCGAGCUUGUUCAGAAUGAGACACCGGGUCAGCAGAGAAACUUGUGGUAGCCGUGAAGUUUGGAGUCGUAUACCUGGUUAGUUUGACCAGUAGAAGCCCGGCUGGAGAGAAUGGCUGAGUUUCAGCAGAGAGGGGAAGAUCUGGAGUGUAACAUAUCAGAAUGCAAGACGCUAUUAGAGGAAGCCCAGGGACGCCUUAAAGAGUUGGAAGAAAAAAGGACAGAUGGAGAGCAGGAUGAGGAGAGAGAGGCUGAGCUAAAGAAAGUCCAGGCCGAGGUGAGAAAACUGAAGAAAGAUGUAAAAUCGUUUGAGAAAAUGAUCGAAGAACACCGGCGAGAGGGAAAGAAACAGGCCUGGAAUGUUGACACUAUCAGCAAAGAAGGUUUCAGCAAGAGUGUACUCAACAUCAAGCCUGUUCCAAAGGAGGAAACCGAGCAGGAAAAGUUGGAGAAGCACAUGACCUUUGUGGAGAAGUACGCAAAGGAAAUCAGACACUUUGGUAUGAUGCGGCGCUGGGAUGACAGUCAGAAGUAUCUGUCAGACAACCCACAUCUGGUGUGCGAAGAGACGGCUAAUUACCUUGUUGUCAUCUGUAUUGACUUUGAGAUAGAUGAGAAACACGCACUCAUGGAGCAAGUGGCCCACCAGGCCAUCGUCAUGCAGUUUAUCCUGGACUUGGCUCGGACGCUUAAGGUCGACCCAAGAGGCUGCUUCAGACAAUUCUUUUCAAAGAUCAAGACUGCAGACAAGCCAUACCAAGACGCGUUUGACCAUGAGUUGCAGUUGCUGAAGGAGCGGAUCCGCAGCUGUGCGCAGAUGCGUAUGGAGAGCACUAUGAAGGAACUAGAGGAAGAAGAGAGGAAGAAGAGACUAGGCCCAGGUGGUUUAGACCCUGUGGAGGUUUAUGCAUCACUGCCAAAGGAAAUACAAAAAAGCUUUGAUGAGAAGAACAUUCAAAUGCUGCAGGAAGCUAUCAGCAAACUUGACCCUGAGGAAGGAAAGUACCACCUUAGGAGGUGUAUUGACUCUGGACUGUGGGUCCCUCAAUCAGGAGAGGAUGAUGAUGAUGAAAAGGAAGAGUACGAAGAGGAUGAGGAUGAGGAAGAUUAAUAAGAGAGAGAAGAACAUUCCUUGUUAGCUGACAAUGAUUGAUAGUCCAACAGUGUAAAAGAAAUGUCAUACAUCCAACAUAAUAUACAUAUGUACGUAUUUAAUAAGCAUAUGCACUAAACUGUCAUGUAAUUAAUAGAAACUGGAGUACUGGAUUAGCAGUGUUAGAACAAGCUGCUUUGUGCAACCACAAACAGAAUAACUACAGAAUAAGGUAACUUUUAUGCAGGUCUCAAUCUGAUUUUAAAUUGAUACUUAACCCUGAAUUAAUGUGAGAAUCAUCUGAUUUGAUACCGAUCACCAAUCUUACCAUCUUACCUUGCCACUCCUAAUUUUUAUGUAUCUGUGUCUGAUGAUGGCAUCUUAACACCUAAAAAUGUAUAUUCUGUUAGGUUUAAUUUUGAACACUUACCCGUACACAUUGUUUUACACGUUACAGUUGGCUGCUGCGUCCUUACUUCCUUAAUUGUGAAUAGGUUUUCCUUCUCUUCAUAUCCUUUGUUAGUGAAGACAGCAGCUUGAAAGAUCACUUGAGAAAACAGCCACCGAGCCGUCUAGUUUUUUUAAGAGCAACACAGCAACAGACUGGAUGUGAAGCUCUGAGACACUGGCUUAUACCUCUGACUCAUGAAACUCUGAUACAUUUAAAAAGUCAUCCAAAUGUCAUAUUUUAUUUUAAAAAAUAAAUAAAUAAAGUUUAGUAUGCCAUCACAGGCACCUACCAUUUACAUAUUGAACGGUCAUGUGUUGUCCUACUGUGGUCAACAGCGCCAUCUCAAGUCAGUUUGGGGAGAGACACCCACUAUCUAGAAGCCUGUAUGGUAAACACAAAUCUAUCGAGUUAACCCACUUACAAGUUCUGUGAAUUUUAAGACCACUUAGUAUCUUGUAGUCAAAGUCAGCUGAUAUCAGUUAUUCAUGACAGUUUUGUUAGACUCUAGUUUUUGUCCAGUGCAGUGAAUUCUGAAUAUAACCGCAGCAGCUACUGUUUGGAACAUGGGUUAGGUGAAGGUGAGGUUUGUUAUUGAGACUGUCAGGUGUCAUAGUGGUGGAAUGUAACUAAGUAAAUUUACUCAGGUACUGUUCUAAAAUAGACAUUUUAGGUACUUCUACUUCACUUGACUCUUUCCAUCUCAUGCAACUUUAUACUUCUACUCCCCGACAGCUCAAAGGGAAAUAUUGAAGUUUUUGCCCCACCUCAUUGAUCUGACAGCUUUAGUUACUUUAAGAUUUUUGCAUACAAAACAUACUUUUAGAAUAUGAUGAUUUGUUAUAGAUUAAACUAGCCAACAGUUGAGUUUGAAUAAUUUGAAGCUUUUUGCAAAUUAUGCACUGCUGUCAUUAUAAUUUUAUGUUAUUACUUAUUUUAUUUAUUUAUGUACUAUUAGUAGUAGUAGUAUUUUAUUUAUUUAUUUUCUUCUCGCCAGGGUUGGGGAUAUCAUACUUUUUUCUUUGUUGAAAUGUUACUGUUCAAGUUUGUUGUUUAAAAACUCAAUAAAAAAGAUUGUU